UCCAUCUAACACUAAAAAAUUUAAAAAGUUGAAAGAAAUAUAUUAUUAUUUUUCUUAACAAAAAUAAAACAUAUUCUAAGGAAAAAAAAAAAAAACAGAAGUUUGAGUCACCAACCCUGAAUAUAAGGACACAAAAUGAAAAAACCCUGAAUAUAAAAAGGCUAAUAAUCCAUUCAUUGUGCGUAGGUGGUGAACACAAGACGCACAGAGAGAAAGAAAUGGCUUGCAGACAGUUAUGGGCUUCAAGGGCUGCAUCGUACCUCAGGAUCUCUCUCUUUCAUAGAAGCUUUUCUAACGUUUUGAAAGAUCUGAAGUAUGCUGAUUCUCAUGAAUGGGUGAAAAUUGAUGGAAAUUCUGCAACCGUUGGCAUAACUGACCAUGCCCAAGAUCAUUUGGGGGAUGUUGUGUACGUUGAGUUGCCAGAAGUGGGAGCAGCGGUGACACAAGGAGGUGGUUUUGGUGCAGUUGAAAGUGUUAAGGCAACUAGUGACAUUAACUCUCCUGUUUCGGGAACAGUGGUUGAAGUUAACGAAGAGCUUAACAGCUCUCCUGCUCUGGUCAACUCAAGCCCCUAUGAAAAUGGAUGGAUAAUUAAAGUUAAACUGAGUGACAGUGGUGAACUUAACAAAUUGAUGGAUUCAGAACAGUAUACCAAGUUCUGUGAAGAAGAAGAUGCCAGUCAUUAAUUGUCUUGCUAAUAUCUUUCAGUACUCCUCCCCAUGGUGUAGAUGAUAUGUCAAUUGGGAAGCUCAGAAUUGCUGUUUUUUUGUUUUGUAUUGCCGUCCAUGUUUGACUGCUCUUUUUUAAUUUUGCACGAGCUUUCUGAUUCAGCGGAAUGAUAUUUCACUUUCUGCAAUGGAAAUGUGAGAUUGAUAACAUGGGAAUUUGAUAAUAAAAGAACCUUUAGUAGUUUCAUUGUUUUGAGACAGUUCCAA